AUGGCCAACACGCGCAGCGCCUCCCGACGGCUCCUGCGCGAGCUUGACGGGUGGCGCAAGGAGCAGCUGGCCGACUCCCCGGACGACGACAACAGUCCGAACCGCGGCAUCGAGCGUCUGGGGCCGGCUGGCGAAGGCGACGACCUGUUCCGCUGGGAGGCCGUGGUGAACGGCAAGGGUGUUGGAGGGGGUUACGAUGACGGCCGCUGGCUUCUCCAGAUCGACGUCCCGGCCACGUAUCCGCUGCAGCCACCGGCUGUCCGGUUUAUGACACCCAUCCUCCACGCUAACGUGCAUCCGACCACGGGCGCGGUCUGCCUCGAUCUGCUGCAGGCAUCGGCCUGGACACCGGCCAUGGGCGUCGCUGCCUGCGUGCGCGCCGUUCGCCUCCUGCUGGGCGCGCCUGGCGCCGACAGCCCGCUCAACAUCGACUUGGCCGCACUGCUGCGUGCCGGCGACACCGACGCGGCCGCCCGGCUCGUCCGGCUCUGGUGCGUCGAACAGCGGUACGAGGGCGCAUCCCAACAGCGAACAGAGAGACUCAACCAAUACGGCGCCGAUCGGGGCGCCCGAUGCAGAAACGUGGGUCCUGGGUCCUGGGUCCUGGGCCCUGCGUCGUGGGUCGUCGCAUACGGAUAG